AUGAAAAAGUUCAAAUAUUCAAAAAGUAAACGUAUCAAGAAAGAAGAUGUUGGUGAAGAAGAAAAAGAUAUAGAUGAAAAGAAAACUGAUGAUGAAGUGACUGAGUCUGAGCCAGGUUUCCUACAUGAGAUAGAAGCAUCAAAGAAAAGGAAAGCAGAAAUUGAAAAAAUAGAAGCUGAUGAAAUAGUUAAAGAAAAACCUACUGAAAAUGUGCCUGUAUCGGUGAAGAGUGGAACUCCUGUUGUUGAAGAAGUGGUUGAUAUUAGAACAACAGAGAGUGUGCACAUCAAAAUGCCAAUUUCUAAACCAUCUCAACAAACACCAAAGAAAGCACAGACGCCAAAGAAACAACAAACUCCAAGGCUUGAUGAUUUAGAUUUGGAUUAUGAUUUUCUCAAGGAGCUGAACAAUGAGAAGAUAGUAGAGUUGGAGAAACAAGUUGAAGUAAUGAAUGUUAAAGUUGAGAGCUUGGUGGAGGAAAAUGAGAGGUUGAGAGUACCAGAGAACAAACUACAGAUCAACUUUGAUGAUGAAGUUGAAUCAAUGAAAAAUUUAGAAAAAGAAACGAUUCUAGAAGCUGAAGUAACUGAGUCUGUAAAGAUGAAGGCUGAUGGAAAAAGCUUGUUGAUGGCAUUCCUAAAGUUGUUACUGAACCUCCAAAAGAUUCAAUACUUGAAGCAGAAGUUAAUGAAACCAGUUGAAUCAGAAGUUGUGUUUGGGCCAGAGAACAAAGUCCAAGAAGAAGUUGAUGAUGAGUUAGAAAAUGAAGAUGAUGAAGAGAAAGAAGACUUUGAAGAUUCUGAUGAUAAUAAUGACGAUGAUGAUGAUGCUGGUGAUGAUAUUGAUCAGGGUGGUAUUGAUGAUAUUGUGAGAAGAAAGAUGAAAGAAAGAACUAAGAAAGGUAAAUCUCCUAGAAUUGAUAAACGAGAGACAGUGUCUGAAAGACAAAAAUGGUUUAGGAAUGUUACAUUAGAAAAGAAGUUUCGAAGACCGUUAUCAUUCUUUACAAGAAACAAAUACAUAUCAUUGGGAGAUAUUAUAAGCUGGUGUUGGAUUCCUGAUUUGAAAGUUGUCCGUGACCAGGCGUUACAAUAUCAGAGAGUCAUGAAAUUUUGCUAUGCUUAUGAUAUACAUUCGGGUAGGAUGUGGGAUAAAAAAUGGAGAACGAUUGAGAAAAAAGGAAGAUACGAAAGAGAAGAAAUGAGAACAAAGGAUUGA